GGUUUCAUGUGGGACGUUGCAGAGGAACUGGGAGCCAUGUUGGUGUUUGGAGAACAUCGUUACUAUGGAGAAUCCCUGCCGUUUGGACACGACUCUUACAGUGACACAAAGCACCUGAACUACCUGACGUCAGAGCAGGCGCUGGCUGACUUUCUGUGCUGAUCAGAGAACUGAAGAGGACGGCUUGGAGCUCAGGAAAGUCCUGUGAUCGCCGUCGGAGGGUCCUACGGAGGGAUGCUCUCCGCCUGGUUGAGAAUGAAAUACCCUAAUGUUGUUGUUGGAGCGCUGGCUGCCUCUGCUCCUAUAUGGGCAUUCCCUGACAUGGUUCCAUGUGGAGAAUUCUAUAAGAUAGUCACCCAGGACUUCGCCAGGAGUGGACUGAACUGUGACGUUAACAUCAGGAGGUCCUGGAAGGCCAUCGACAACGUCACAGCAAACGAUGACGGUCUCCGGUGGCUGUCCGGUGAGUUCAGUUUAUGUUCCCCGCUCAAGAAGACGGUGGAUGGUUUUAAGGCCUGGCUCCAAGAGACCUGGGUGAAUCUGGCCAUGGUUGACUAUCCUUACGAAGCUAACUUCCUCCAACCUCUCCCACGCUGGCCAAUACAGGUGGUGUGCAAGCACCUUGGUUUUGACCCCAGCAGUGUGUCAGACUACCAGUUGUUAGGGGGUAUCUCUGAAGCUGCCAGAGUCUACUACAACUACACAGGAAACUGCCCCUGUCUCAACACCUCCUCUACGGCUACAGGGAACCUGGGCUUCGUCGGCUGGUACUACCAGGUGGUCAAGUGGUGGGGUGACCCGAAACAUCUCGGACUCGGUGGUUCGCCAUAGUGAUACCUGACGGGGCUCACCACCUGACCUACGCUACAACAACGAGUAUGACCCUCACACCGUCCUCUAGCCCGCGCCCUGGAGGUGGAAUACUUCAAACUGUGGAUCACACAGGCCAGGAAACUUACAAAUACCAGGAUAAAUCACUCUGAACUACAAACUGCCAGGCUAAUUCACUCUGAA